CAAACCCACGUUCUCCGAAAAUAGAUGGGAAACCCUCAGGAAAGGGCGUGGGAAGCACAGGCCAACGUCUUUCUUUUCUUUUUUUAACAUUCCGACAACUUUUUAACUCUAUUUACCCAUUCACUCUUUUCUUCCACCUUCCGGGAAGGUAUCACAAAAGUUCCUUGCUUACACUUUCUGAAGUUUUACCCACUCCACUCUUUACAUUCCAACCAUGCCUUAGUUCCUGAGCAGGAGAUUACCGUUGCAUCAGUGCUGCAUUCUUCCAGCUAAAAUUUCCCCAAAAAUGGUCACCAUAGACGAAAUAGAAGAAAAUAAUGAAGCGAAUUUGGCUAUAGAUUAUUUGGAUGACUUCAAUUCGGACAAUCCAGCCGAAAAGGCGACGAAGGACCCCAGAGCCAUCGCCAGAAGGUAUCAGCUGGAGUUAUGUGAAAAGGCAAAGGAGGAGAAUAUUAUUGUGUAUUUGGAGACAGGGAUGGGGAAGACGUUGAUAGCUAUUUUGCUAAUGGUAGAACUUGCCGAGCGCGUCAAGAAGCCCGGCAAAAAUGUCUUUGUUUUCCUUGCGCCUACCGUACCUCUUGUUGAACAGCAAGCUGAUGUCAUCAGAAAGUACACAUACUUUAAGGUGGGGAAAUACUAUGGGGAAGCAAAACAUUCUUCACAUGCCCAUCAAAGUUGGAUGGAAGAGCUAGAGAAUCAUGAGGUUCUUGUUAUGACACCAGAUAUACUAUUACAUAAUUUGCAUCACUGUUUUAUGAAGAUGGAGUUAAUUGAGGUCUUGAUAUUUGAUGAAUGCCAUCAUGCUCAGAAACGGCAUUCAUAUGCACAAGUAAUGAAGGAGUUUUUCAAAAAGGAUAGUGAAAAGCGUCCAAGAAUAUUUGGUAUGACUGCCUCUCCAAUAAUGGGGAAAGGUGGGUCCAAUCAACUUGAGUAUGCCAAAGGCAUAAACACUUUGGAGCAGUUAUUAGAAGCAAAGGUAUAUACCGUUGGGGACAGGUCAGAAAUUGAAUCGUUUGUGCCUUCUCCGGAAAUGAUGGUCUGUUAUUAUGAUAAUAAAAGUCAUAUGGAUGGUGGGCCCAUUACAUCUUGCAGGGACAAACUUGAUAAAUACAGAACUCAGCAUAUUUCUCAGGUUUUUAGUUGUUGCACGGGGGAAAAUGUGGAGAUAAACAAACAUGAUUUUAAUGGAACUGGAAAGAAAACUAGAAGCAUCAGCAAGUCAUAUCUUGAAGUGAUGUACUGUUUGAGUGAAAUUGGCCUCUGGGGUGCAAAACAAGCUGUUAAAAUUCUGCUACUUGAGACAGCAGAUAAUGCAAAUGCAAAUGAAGAUGAUAUUGAUAGUGAUACCCGCAAAUCAUUUUUACGGGACACCUUUUCGAUUUUUGAUUCUGUUUUGAUUGAAGAUGGUGCCAAAGAUGAUAAAUUGAUUGCUGCUGAUUCUUUGGUGGAACCAUUCUUUUCAAGCAAAGUACUAGCUCUUUUAGAAAUUCUUAUACAGUACAGGAACAAAAAGAAUGUGAAAUGCAUUAUUUUUGUGAAAAGGAUAAUUGCAGCACGAUUACUAGUACAAAUUAUUAAUCAUGUAGAAGUACUGGAUGUUUGGCAAAGUGAUUUCCUUGUUGGGCAUCAUUCUGGGUUGAAAGCAAUGUCACGGGCAAAGAUGAACAAUAUUGUUGAUGAUUUUCGUUCUGGCAAGAUAAAUAUCUUGGUAGCAACUAAUGUUGCUGAAGAAGGCCUUGAUAUUCAAACCUGUUCUCUUGUAAUACGCUUUGAUCUUCCAGACACUGUGGCCAGCUUCAUACAAUCUAGAGGUCGUGCACGUAUGCUAGAGUCUGAAUAUAUUUUUUUGGUUGAAAGGGGAAAUUUUGCCGAGGAAAAAUUAGUCAAACACUUUGUAACUGGUGAAGAACAGAUGACAAGAGAGGUCUUGGAUCGAACUCCAGAAGGUGCAGAUCCAUAUGAAGAUGAGGAAGAUCAAAUAUAUAAAGUAGAUAGUACAAAGGCAACCAUCAGCACUGGAUGCAGUGUCUCAUUACUCUAUCAUUACUGCUCAAAGCUUUCUAAAGAUGAGUUUUUUUGUCCCGUUCCAGAAUUUUCCAACUUUGAAGAACCAGGAGGUGUGAAAUGUUGUAUAAGUCUUCCAUCUAAUGCACCUUUUCGGCAAGUAGAGGGUCCUAUAUGUUCUUCAGUGGAAAAAGGAAAGAGGGUGGCAUGUCUAGAGGCAUGCAAACUCUUACACUCUAUAGGUGCUCUUAAUGACUAUCUUUUGCCAGCAGAAGACGAACAGGAUGAAGGCAGUGAAGACUGCCCACGUUCCGAUUCACGCAAGACUAAAGGAGCUGAGAUGGGAAUGGAGCUUUAUGAGAUGUUAGUUCCUGUUGCUCUGAAAGGAGGAUUGAAUGAAUGCACAAAGCCUGUUUGUCUUAAUGCUUAUUUGUUGAAAUUUAAUCCUAUUCCUCCAGAUAGAGAGUACACACAAUUUGCUCUUUUUAUUGAAUCUACUCUACCCAUGCAAGCAGCGACCAUGAAGAUUGAGCUUCAUCUGGCUCAUGGGAGGAUUGUCAAUACAGAGUUAAUACCUUGUAGGAGUUUGGAAUUCGAUCCGAUUCAGCUUGCAGAAGCACUAAAAUUUCAAGAAAUAUAUCUCAGAAUCAUACUGGACAGGGCAGAUUUUGAGAACGAUUAUGUGGAAGUAGGUAGGGAAGAUAGAAACCAGGGAAACCCAUCAACCUCCUAUUUGCUGCUUCCAGUUCAAUCAUGUGAUGCAAAGAAAGACAUUACUAUUGAGUGGAAGAUUAUAAAAGACAUUCUGUCGUCCCCUGUUUUCAGUCUUACAUCACAAAAAAUGCCUGAAAAUUUUGGUGAGGGACACCUACUUGAAAUGAGAGAUUAUUUGAGGUUGGCUAAUGGUUGGGUACCUAUGCAGACUCUAAAAAACUCCUUGGUGCUUACAACACAUGAUAAUACAUUCUAUUGUAUUGUUGACAUCCUUCAUCAGAUGAACUCAAAUAGCAAAUUUGGCAUUUCUUCAGAGUACAACUAUGCAGAAUAUUUUCAAAAGAAGCAUAAAGUCACUCUAAAGUACAAGGACCAACCAUUAUUAAAGGCAAAGCAGUUGUUUAACUUGCGCAACUUGCUUCAUGCUAGGUCACAAGUGAAUAUUCAAGGGCAAAUAAAUCGAGGAGAUGGGACUUUGGAGGAGAAAUUUGUGGAGCUUCCUCCGGAACUUUGUAUCAUGAAACUCGUUGGAUUUUCAAAGUAUCUGGCAAGUUCGAUUUCAUUGUUACCAUCAAUGAUGCAUCGACUGGAAAACUUUCUUGUUGCCAUUGAACUGAAGGAAUUAUUGGCAGCAUCGUUUCCAGAAGGAAAUCAGUUAUGUACAAGCAGGGUUCUUGAGGCCAUAACUACAGAAAGAUGCAUGGAAGGCUUUUCUUUAGAAAGACUUGAAGUUCUUGGAGAUGCUUUCCUCAAAUAUAGUGUCAGCCGGCGUCUCUUUCUGGUGCAUGACAAGUUGGGUGAGGGGCAACUAACGAAAAAGAGGUCUAAUGCCAUAAAGAAUUUGAAUUUAAUCAAAAGGGCCAAAGUGAAGGGUUUUCAGGCAUAUAUACGGGAUGAGUAUUUUGAUCCAAAACAUUUCUUUGCUCUUGGUCGUCCUUGCAAAGAAAAUUGUACUCCAGAGAAUGUCAAUGAGAUACACUAUUAUGAGGGGAAUAUUAUGAAGGAAAAAGUAGAUGGUGUGAUUGUAAAAUGCUCUAAACGACAUCACUGGAUGCAUAUGAAGACAAUUGCGGAUGUAGUUGAGGCUCUGAUCGGAGCAUACUUAGUGGAAAGUGGUUUUAAAGCAGCUUUAUCAUUUCUUAAGUGGAUUGGAAUAGAAAUUGAUUUUGAUCCCUUGCUUAUAGAGGAUGCUUGCAUACAAAGUAGAAAUAAUUUAUCUCUAAUCGAUUACAUAAACAUUUCUAAUUUGGAAGGGUUAAUAGGACACAAGUUUCUUCACAAAGGGUUGCUUUUGGAGGCAUUCACACAUCCUUCAUAUAAUGAGCAUAAUGGAGGAUGUUAUCAGCGUCUCGAGUUUCUUGGAGAUGCUGUUUUGGACUACAUUAUAACAUCUUACUUGUAUUCAGUUUAUCCAGACAUGGGUCCUGGCCGGCUGACAGAUAUGAGAUCAAUGACUGUGAAUAAUGAAUCUUUUGCUAAUGUAGCUGUACGGAAGGACCUCUAUACAUAUCUUAUUCAGAAGUCAGAUAGUCUUUCUUCUGCAAUUGACAAGUAUGUGUGUUUCAUAAAUACUCAUGUAAACAAAGAUUCAUAUGAUGAGGUAGAACCAAAAUGCCCUAAGGUACUUGGAGAUUUAGUGGAAUCAUUUGCUGGAGCUUUGCUAAUAGAUACUGGCUUUGAUUUGGAGUAUGUUUGGAAACUGAUGUUAAAGAUUCUAGAGCCAAUAGUCACACCUGAAACCUUACGUCUUCAACCCGUACGGGAACUCCUUGAAAUUUGCCAACACCAUGAAUUGAAAUGCAAGGACCAGAUAGAAAGAAAAGGAAAUGAAUAUCUGUUUCAAUAUUUGGUUCAACUAAAAGUGAAUGGAAAAGAAGUUAUGGUGUAUGGAAGUGCUUCAAGGCCAAACAAAAAUGUGGCUAAGAAAUUUGCUGCACAAGUUGCAAUACGAAAGCUAAAGGCUUAUAACUUAGAGCAUCCAAAUAAAUCUUUGGAAGUGUUUUUCAGAACAUGUAAAAAGAACAAUGCUGUGCUUAUUGGUAAUGAUAAAACAUACAGACCAGGCCUAGAAAUUAUGUUUAGUGGGAAACAUCAAGCUUUAAAUCCUUCUAUUUCUAAAUCUUCUUUCUCAAAUACAUCUGAGAAGAAGAGGAUGUUUUCAAAAGAUCCAGUUGAAAUCAAUAUGGAUGCUGUACCCUCAGUACAGGAGAGCACCUUGACUAAGCAUGGGAAUCAUCAGCCAUUUUCAGAUAUCUUGUCGGAAAACCGUACGUCAUCAACAAUUCAAAACAUAGAAUGCAAACAAGAUACUCUGACAUAUAGUUCUACAGCACAAGCUACAACUUCUGAAGAUGAACAACCAGACUGCCAUCAAUGUAUUGAAUCAGAUGUUAAAUCUUCUGGGUAUCAGUCACCAUCUGCAAAUUAUUCCACAGGUAACUCACAGUAUUUAGGAUCUGCAAUAUCCAACCUCAAUGAAUUCUGUCAAAAGCAGAGGUGGGAGUCACCAUUAUGGGUCUGCUGUAAAGAGGAUGGCUUGCCACACCAAAGAAGUUUCACGUAUAUGGUUGUGUUAAGACUCCCUGGAAAUGUUUCUGUUGAGUGCUUGGGGGAGGCUAUGAGAAGUAAAAAGUUAGCAAUGGGAUCUGCUGCCUGUGGUGCAUUAUGGUGGCUCAAUUCUGAAGGCUACUUUUAGCAACUGAUCUAGCAUAAAUUCAAUUCAUAUGGACUGUUGUUGUUGCCUACUAGCAUCAACAUCAUCAAAUCUGAGGUAGUCAAAAAUCUUCAUAUAAUUUUGGACGGUAUAAAAGAGACCACUUGUGGCUUUCAAGAGAGCUAGAGGAUUAGGAGGCAGAACAUUAUUGCGUCCACUAAUUAUUGUUGCAUAAUAUUAUGCUGAUUUCAUAAUCAUUAAUCAAAUCUUGAUUAAGUGUUUUGUAUCAUUAUCAGGACAUGAUUUUUAUCAUGAUCAACGCUAAGCAUUUGAUGGCAUUUGUUAUGUAGGUAGUUAUAUUUUUUAUUAUCUUAAAUGUGCACCUAUAGGGCAAAGGUAUGCUAUAAUUUUUUUAUUCAUAAUUUGGAGGGAAUAAACUUGAACUACAACCUUAUUACACAUGUUACCAGUUGUACUAAUAUGGUCACCCAUUACCAUUAUGACAAUUAUUUGUACACAAGAAAUAUAGAAUUUGUUUCACUUUA